AUGUUCCACCCCCUGGAACGCAUACCCCGCCCCAGUGCCGACCCUGCCAUGUUAAUCACCUCUGACUGCGUACUCCAACUCAUCAGGGAUAACCUGGCCUGCAAUCUGGCUUGCCUCGCAAAGCCGCGGCAGACCGAGUCAAAAAAAUUACCCUGUGCCAGACAUGGAAGCCCCAUCAUAAUCCUUGGGUAG